CACAAGUUCAAGAUUCCUCGUGCCCCUCCAGUCGCUUCUCCAACAUCGCCAUCCAUUCCACAAUUCCACCAUUACACGACUCUUGCAAUUCGACCAUCCUCCCUAACGAUCUUGACUCACCCGAUAUUACACGAUGGGCGCCAAAGUACCACGCAACUUCCGAUUGCUGGAAGAACUGGAAAAGGGCGAGAAAGGCCUCGGCGCAGAGGCAUGCUCGUACGGUUUAGCCGAUGGCGAUGACCUGAUGAUGUCAAAUUGGAAUGGCACAAUCCUCGGACCUCCUCACAGUGCCCAUGAAAACCGAAUCUACAGUGUAAACAUCCAUUGCGGAGAGCAAUACCCAGACGUGCCUCCCACGAUCCAAUUCGUCUCGAGAGUAAACUUGCCUUGCGUUGAUCAAAAGACUGGAAAGGUCGACCCUUCAAAGCUACCAUGUCUAGCGAACUGGAAACGAGACUUUACAAUGGAAACUAUCCUCAUCGAAUUAAGAAGAUAUAUGGCUCUUCCACAGCACAAAAAGCUUCCACAGCCACCUGAGGGAAGCACUUUCUAAAGCUUUGAUUUUGCGGCAUGGGAUUGCGGAGUUCGUUCUUGCGGAUACAGCGAUGAUUGAGUGAUGCUUGACGAAUGCAUGGUCCGGCGUCUGGAUGUUUGGUUGUAAUUCGUAAAUGGAAGCAUGGAUUACUCGACGCUGCAGUCAUGUUUAGACAGAGCAAGUCUUCUUUCCGUUCUACUGUUGAUUUCUUCUGCCUUG